AUGGUCGGGAGAAGGUUGAAAGCCCUUAGCACAAAGGUCUCGAGUGGAAUUUGCGAAUGUACACACUACAUGAGUAGUCCAAAUGUCCAAAUGAGUCAUCGUUGUAUAUAUUUGUUAGAGUAG